AUGCACUCUCCCAAGCAAAAAAAAAAAAAUCUCUAGCAAUACACACCAAACUGAGCAUGUGCAGAGUGUCUCCACAUGAUAUGUCUUAUCAGGAGAUAAGAGGGGGACACUGGAAGAAAGGAAGGAUCAGAGAAGUCAGGAUCAAACAGCCUUUUUAUACAAUGAGGAUUAACCCCUUAGGGUCCACAGUGAGUAUAACAAGCAUGCUUUACUGCCAGGGGCGGACUGACCAUUCGAGCACUCGGGCACUGCCCGAGGGCCCGGGGUCAGUAGGGGCC